AUGGCCGCGGAAGCGCCGAGACAGGUAUGUUAUUACAAAGACAGGAUAAACUUACCUAGUGUAUUUUCAUAGAAUUUUAACCAAUCCAGAUUGUGUAGUUCUUUACUGCUCUGUUGUAACGUUUGAGCAAAACUAUCGGCUUGAAUAGAGGAAAGGGAAGCGUAUAAAACUGACGUAGCGUAUCAUUUGAGACGUUGGCAAGGGCGCGAGCGAGUCUUUUGCCAAGUUGACAUGAUUGGCUUUUGUGACACUUUUAAUCCACCAAAAUGCCACAUUCGUACCGUUCGUACUUUGACCUGUCACUGCCGAAUGACACGUUUUGUGUGUGUGUGUCAAUGAGUCCUAAAAGCGUACUUAACAGACACUUUCCUCUGUAAACAAACACCAAGCUACGCUGAGAGCGGUGAGGGUGAGUUGCAGCAACGUAUCAUCAUGGGCGGAUCGAGGAGCCGACAGCAACCUGCCCGGUCGACAGCCCACCUGUAGCAUCAACAUGGCACAUUCCACGGAGGGGACCAAAAACCGGAGAGGAAGUGGUAAGUAGACUGUCGUUUUUGGCAUUUGAUUUAGGCUAGUAGUGGAGCUGGAGCAACAGGUGGAUGAUAUGCAAAUGAGUAGGCUAUUUAUUCAUAAUGACAUUAUUGAUUAUGGCACAAUGCUGCAAUGGCAAUGGUGAUGUAUUGAAAUUAAUAAAUUGUGGUUGGAAGAGCCUAAUUGUGUUUGCCUCUAGUGACAGUCUAGCUCAACAGUAGCGGUGCGUGGGUAAAAUCACUGAGGAAGCCAAGCCUGUAAAUAAUCCAUAUUACAACCUAUGUUAUGAUAAUUGCGUUGUUUGCUCUAUAACCCAUUCGUUCAUACACCAGCGUGAUAUACAAUAAGGCCGUGACAAAAAAAAGACAAGUUACACAAUGGCGGAAUAAAUUAAACUACACAAAACUGGAGUUCCAUCACAAAACUGGAGACCAACAUCUGUCCGGUGAACUCCACAAAGCAAAUAUUGCAUGUAACAAACCGUUACAUGACCUGCAACAUGGUCAAGCAAGUUAAUGUUUUCGACAGUUUAUUAACAACUACUGAUUUAGAACCAUGGAGUUGCCGCAACUCAGCACAAAGACAACAGGAGCACUGCCUCUGCUAUUUCAGCACCAUUUUAUCUUAAACAUUUAAACAUAAUCAAAUCAACAAGGCUAUACUUAGUUUAAUACACUGAAAACAAAUUUAAAGAUACGAAAAACAAUUUAGUCCAAUCAAUGUUGCUAAUUAUCAUGUGGCUGUCCAUGGUACUGAUUUCUGUGUGUGUGCGGAAGCAAAACUUUUUGACUCACCCUACUUGUAGACUAGUUGAAUGCCAAUGCCAUCCUCCUCUCUUUCGUGUUGGCAAACUGUCUAUGGCGCUGUCAUACAGUACGCUUUUAGUUUUUGUUGUCAUAGGCUACCUAGCUAAAAUGCUUGCUAGCCUAACUUCAUCGCAUGGACAACAAUGAACCAGCUAAGUUAGCUAGCUAGUUAAUGUGAUCCUAAAAGGGCUAGGCUACAUAUUAAACUUCAAUCGUCUCAGGCCAGUGGCACAACAUUCAUUUAUGGUUAGAACAGAAUCGCCUUCAUAAUCAUUGGCCUGUACAGAGAAUUAAGUCAAAAUCACAAGUCCAAAUCCCCAUCUCCAUCCAUGGCUUAGAAAAGGGCCUAAUUAGCAAGCUAGCUGCUGCAGGACAUCAACACAAGCAGACCAGAAACAAAAAUGACAUUUUGAUUGGUGUGAAGCCAAAUCCAAACUGGCCACCCUUGGGAGUUUUGCUGCACCAGGACAACCCACAGUUGAGCUCAGCUCAACGCUGAUUGGCAAAUUAUUUUAUAAUUGUUUUAUCAAGGGAGGCCAAAUGCUUGCUGACAAAAAUCUAUCAAAUGCUAUGGCAGCAACUUCAUACUCUUUCAGUCCAGACAGCAUCAGAUACACGGGCUACACAUAGUGAGACCGUGUGGUGCUGUUUCCCUCGCUCUGAUGAUUUCUCCACUGAGAUUCAGCCACAUGCGAAUUGAUGGAAGAUUAUGAAAACGCAAAGAGACAAAAGAUGCAUCGUUUUUUUUUAUUGGUCAAAUCUUUGGGGAAGUCUGGCUUCCCUUGGCAUCCAUGAAUACACGCCACUGUAACUCAACAUGAUUUUCUAGUCUCUAUUCAUUACAUCUAUAUGUCUGAAAAAUGUAUGCACUCACUAACUGGAAGUCGCUCUGGAUAAGAGCGUCUGCUAAAUGACUAAAAUCUAAAUCUACAGCAAUAAUGAAAUUUGAGAACAAUGCAAUUUUGCACUAGGUGUGUGUGUGUUCAGGGGGUGUUGAUUGGUAGGAUGCAGGAUUCACACUUGUCAAAGUGAACAGGCCUAGACUCAUUCAGCUCCACUGAGUCUAAAGUCUGUGUCCGGCUUCGUCAUCUUCAGUUCAGUCGCAUUGUCUGUAUUAUGUGUGCCAGAAAUCCCUUUUACAUUGGUAUGUUUUAUUACACUUUUGUUCUCUCUCCUUCUUUCUAGUAGAGGUGCGUAAUAUAUCACAGAGAUUAAGUGUAGCAUCUAGUCUUUAUUAUCUCAAGCAUUGUUGUUUGUGUAGCCUGGUCGUUGAUGGUGUUCUUUUCUAUGCAAUGUGAAAUGUUCUGUCCAUGCCUUCCUGUGAUGCUAAACCAAACACAGGAAACAUAGGCUUGUUCUACUUUCAGGAACUGUGGCAAUCAUUCACAUACAGACCAGGAGUAGAAAUUGCCAAACACAUGACAUCUUUUAAAAAUAAUACUUCUGUGAAGAAAUGUGUCAUUUCAGCUUCUUACCAAAUACAGAUUAAGCAUGACAUGUUAUUUUAAUUCAUAUAAAAAUGAUUUACCGCUCAUCCACUCAGUGAAUGCGAGGCUGGUGAGACAAGCCAUUAUCAUGAAAAUUAUAAUCAAUGUUGUCAUGGCAAUGGAUGUUUAAUUUUCUUUCCACCGGGUGUGGGGUUUAGAUAUUAACAGUAUCACAGUGACAACCUGUCUCUCUCUCUCUGCUCUCUUCUGUCUCUUCCCCCUCCCCCCCCCCCCCCCCCCAACUCACAUGACAACCUCUUGAUCAGGUUAAAGCUGACUGGGGCUUUAGGUCAAUUUAGUCAGUUGGAAAUUGCUGUUGUUAAGGGAUUUUAUUUAGUUCACGUAUGUAGAGCCAGUAGGCUAUUGUUUUUGCCAGAUAAUCUUUAUUUUCUUAUACUAUGUUUUUCCCUUUUUCUGGUAGCAGUUGGUGACAAGUAUUGUGCCCCCCCCCCCCCCCACACACACACACACACACCCCACCCGGCGGCAGUAUAGUGUCUUUUCCAGUUCUGCUCAGGAGACCUUAAAAGAUCUCAGUUCCCACAAGAGUUUAUCACACAGUUUCCUUCAGAUCCACACAAUGACUCAAUGACACUGCCAGUACUCUGCCGCUUUACACUGUACUUUUAGUUUUACUAUGGUAGAAAAUGUUUUUAGAAGCUUGUGUCAAUUCAAUACAAUUAAAGCACUUUCAAAGCAAAUUCUCACACUUUAUAAUGUAAUCUCCCUCCAUCUACUAAUUCAGAUUCCCCUGAAUUAUAAGAUGGAGGGGGAGUGUCUGGGGUUUCAGUUUCAGCCUGGUUACUGGCUGGAUCCUCUUUCACCUCCCUGUAUGUUUCUGCUCCAUUGUUACUGUUAUUUGAUGGCCUGGGUCAGAGUGAUUUGUCAUCAGAGAACCUAAUCUCUGUCCUAGUCCUACUUUCUCUCAGUAGUUAGGUUCUGGAGCAUGACUUUCUUGCUCUACUGACCUGUCAAACCAAAGUUGGUCCAAUGAAUUAAGCUGUAGGCUAAUGUUGUUCGAAAAACGUCACGCUGAAGGAAAAUAUGAAUGGAAUUUGGGAAAACAUUUGUGCCUCGCCAUCCAGACAACCAUCACUCUACCAUAUGAUAUUAUCACUAGUAGAAGUGACUCUCGUCCAUAUAACAGCUCUGUUUCAAUUAAUUCCUUGUUUCUUCCAGGUGCGACUGGAGGAACCAUAAUGAAGAAUGGCAUGGUCAGCAUAGACCCCGUCUCCACAGCACAACCAAGCCCAGACCUCUACAACCACCAUGAGCACAACAAGCCCCCCCUCAUCCAGCACUCCCUGCCGAGUUACAAGGCCUCCGCCCUGUACUACGGCAGCCCCGAGCGGGGCCAUGAAGAUCAGGACUGCCACAGCCUGGCCUCCCAGGACUCUGGCAUCCCCACCCUGGAGAUAAACCAUCCCGAGCACAUCCACGCCCACCCACACCCAGGAGAGAGUGGCCUUACCCUGGGGUCGAACCACCACGACCAGCGCCCCGCUACCCUCUCUCUGGACCAGUCUGGAGACAGCGCUGGCCUCCGCAAGUCCUCCACCUUCCCCCGCAGCAGCUAUGACUUGGUGCGCCUCUUCAGCCCCGCCCCUAGGUCCAGCGCUGGCGGUGUGGGAGUCAUGGCGAUGAGUGGCGUGGGAGGCAGAGGACUGAACCGCAGCGACGACAUCUCAGUGUGCAGCGUGUCGAGUUUGAGCACGGAGCUCUCCGCCACGCUGUCGGUGUCCACCGAAGACAUCCUGGACUUCAUGGUCACCUCCGACUCCAGCGCCAUCGUCACCAUGGAGACGGACGAUGGCGGUAGCGCCCACUUCUCAGACGUGACGCUGUCUCCAGGCGGCGACAUCGAAGGGGGUCUGCGGAGUCCGCAGCGGAGACACAUGGGUCCGGGGGCAGAGGAUGAGGGUAGGCCCAAGAGGCUGGGGCCACUGGCUAGCUUCUUCAAC